CUGGCACUCAUUGCUUUGCCUUUGUUUAACAAGGCCCAUCCCUAACGCCGUUCUCGUGGCAAUUGCGUUAUACGUGCUAGUAUACUGUUUGUUAACGCAGUAAAUGUAGAAGCAAUAGUUUGCACGUUGCAGUGCAGUUGGGCGAUCGCGAGGUCUGGCAAAGUCAUCUUUCGUUAUGUGUCUACACUCUGUGAUUUGAGCAAGUACUUGAGGUGAAGGCUUUGAUGGGGCUUGCGUCGGGGGCUUGCGUAUUCGUGGGGCGCAUGCGUCUGCAUGCGUUCCGCAUGCGUGUUUCGCACGCACAACAGAGAGGUUUGCCGCUCUCCCCGCCCCUCAUGCUUCUUGCUUUCCGUGGACGCAUGCGUCCCACCCCCAACGCAUGCUUUACGCACAAAAAGCAGGUGUGGGCACUUAUUGUGCAUCGGUGCCCCGGCCAGCCCGCCCAGCCCUGGCGGUGGGCUUGCUGUCGGCGCUAGCGCCCCGCCGUCACCGCCACCUGUGCUGCUGCAGUCCAGCCACUGCCGCGGUGGCGCCGGCAGGUGUCACCGCCCUGCCCAGUGCUGCGACCUCCAAGUCCGCGCCGGGCCCGCCUGCGCGCUGCAGUGCUUCGGCACUCCCGCCCAGUUAUGGAGGUGGGCUUGCUGUCGGCGCUAGCGCCCCGCCGUCACCGCCACCUGUGCUGCUGCAGUCCACUGCCGCGGUGGCGCCGGCAGCUGUCACCGCCCUGCCCAGUACUGCGACCUCCAAGUCCGCGCCGGGCCCGCCUGCGCGCUGCAGUGCUUCGGCACCCCCGCCCAGCCCUGGCGGUGGGCUUGCUGUCGGCUCUAGCGCCCCGCCGUCACCGCCACCUGUGCUGCUGCAGUCCGCUGCCGCGGUGGCGCCGGCAGCUGUCACCGCCCUGCCCAGUGCUGCGACCUCCAAGUCCGCGCCGGGCCCGCCUGCGCGCUGCAGUGCUUCGGCACCCCCGCCCAGUUAUGGAGGUGGGCUUGCUGUCGGCUCUAGCGCCCCGCCGUCACCGCCACCUGUGCUGCUGCAGUCCACUGCCGCGGUGGCGCCGGCAGGUGUCACCGCCCUGCCCAGUGCUGCGACCUCCAAGUCCGCGCCGGGCCCGCCUGCGCGCUGCAGUGCUUCGGCACUCCCGCCCAGUUAUGGAGGUGGGCUUGCUGUCGGCGCUAGCGCCCCGCCGUCACCGCCACCUGUGCUGCUGCAGUCCACUGCCGCGGUGGCGCCGGCAGGUGUCACCGCCCUGCCCAGUGCGUGCUGCGACCUCCAAGUCCGCGCCGGGCCCGCCUGCGCGCUGCAGUGCUUCGGCACCCCCGCCCAACCCGCCGCCCGUACAGCCAACGGGCUUCUAUCCUCCGGCUGCUUGUCCACGCCUGCAUCAUAAUGCGCUGUUCAAGUACGGAUGCAGUCACGACGGGAUGUAUCAACUUACGAGAACGGAGCAACUUUGGCGCUUGCGAGCAUGUUCAAGCGUCAGGGGCAACCACCCCUGUACGUUUGUCAAUUGAUUUUGAGAAGGCGUUUGACAAGGUACCCAGAUGGGCGCUGUGGCAACGUCUGGCCGAAAGAGGAGUACGUGGCCGAAUGAUGGAGGUCCUGAAGCGUUGCUAUGAAAGAGUUUGCCUGCGGGUGAAGGUGAACGGCAAACUGAGCGACGCGUUUGAGUCGCUGCAAGGGGUCAAGCAGGGAUGUCCUAAAAGCACCGACCUGUUUGGCACCUUCAUUGAGGCACUAGCAGAAUACGUGGACGCAUGGGACCAGCAUGAGCCAACUGAACGCACGUGGAAGCAUGAGGCGCCGACGAUAGGUGGCAAACUUGUGGCCUGCCUAUUAUACGCGGACGACCUGACGCUAUGCGCACUGUCCAUCCACCGUAUGCAGUUUUUGCUCAAUAGAUUGCACGAAUUUUGCCAAGCCUUUGGUAUGCGAGUCAACAUAGCUAAAUGCGAGAUCAUGGUUUUUGCGGGAAUAGCAACGCACCGGCAAAUCCACGCCGUGUACGCUACGGCCCUUCGGUACCCGUACCCUGGGGGUGUAAGCAUACCGGUGAAGGGGCGAGCGCGGUACCUUGGCCUAUACUACGGCCCGGCCACAACGUUUGAUUCUUGCUACCAAGAGCUAAUAGCUGCGGGCAGGAGAGCUGCGUUUGGGUUGAUAGCGGCGCUAGAUAAGAACGAGUGCUCUCGGGCACCAUGCAAGCAUGUUUCGAAGUGCAAGUGAGGUCCGUGCUGUCGUAUGGCGUCGAGGUGUGGGGCCCCGACGCCCUGAGCGCCCUGUUUGAAGGCACGAGCUAUGGCGGCCACGACCGCACCAUGGACAAAACGCUAAAAAGCAAGUGGAGAAAUGCCAAGACUUGGUUUGACAAAGCCCUGAUCGAUCCGAUGGUGGCACUGCAAACAUCUUUCCUGGCACGAGCUGCGGGGGUUCGCAAGCCCACCUACAGGCUGCUUUAUGCUGAGUUUGCCGCACAACCCAUGCAUUUGCACUGGGCGUACAUGGUGUUUGGUUUCUGGAAUCGUAUUAUCAAGCAAGACAAAUCGCUAGCGCACGUGUUUUUGGAAGAUGCCGUAGCAACGGCAGCUGCAGGAGGUUUCGAAGGCAUGUGCUGGGUGAGCAAGGUUUACCGAGUCUGCAAAAAGCUUGGCUACGACUGGUGUACAGAGGGCCCGCAGGGCACAGACGCACUUUGUGAAUGGCUACUGCGCGGGGCUGCCGAUUGGUAGUUUGCUGGGCAACUUCGCCCACAUGCUUAUGGGUGAAUGGAAGGCAGAGAGCAUAUGCGGUGACCCUCGGGCUUUCCCUGAAAGCGGAGGGCACCGUAGUACUGCCGGUGGGCCGGGAGUUAAGAUGUGCCGCUAUACGCAGUGGAUGGGCGUCCCGCAGUUGGAUGCUGCAGUUAAGCAAGGCAUUUUACCGCACAUGAAGGAGUAUGUUACGCACAAGCACCUCAUGGCGCUGAUACGGUUCAGGCUAGGAUGUUGGGAUAUCUAGGUUAAUCGCCCCGUGGCGGGGGGCCGGUACCGUCCGCGCAACGAAAGGGUGUGCAGGCUGUGUCGAGGCGGUGUAGAAGAUGAAAAGCACGUUAUGCUGGAGUGCCCAAUUUAUGCUAACA